GUCUAUGCCUGAUUGGUUGCAUGAUUUCUUCCGUGUUUCCUGUUUUUACCAGUGUGCUCAAAUGGACCUUUGAACUCGGUUGAGGUUUUAGAAAGUUGCGGGGGAAAUGGAAGAAGUAACUGGGGCACAAAUUAUUGCCGAAGCUCUCAGGGUUCAAAAUGUGGAGUACAUGUUUGGAAUUGUUGGUGUUCCAGUCAUAGAGGUUGCGAUGGCUGCUCAAGCUGCAGGCAUCAAAUAUGUGGGCAUGCGGAAUGAGCAGGCGGCCUGCUAUGCCGCACAAGCUAUUGGGUACCUCACAGGACGUCCAGCAGUGUGUCUGGUGGUGUCUGGGCCUGGGCUUAUCCAUGCGUUUGGGGGGAUGGCCAAUGCCAACGUGAACUGCUGGCCGGUGCUGGUUAUCGGAGGCUCUUCGGAUCAAAACCAGGAAACCAUGGGGGCCUUUCAGGAGUUCCCUCAGGUGGAAGCCUGCCGAUUGUACAGCAAGUUUUCUGCCAGACCCAGCAGCCUGGAGGCCAUACCUUCUGUGAUUGAAAAGGCGUUUCGAAGCAGCACAUAUGGCCGCCCUGGCGCCUGUUACAUCGACAUUUCAGGGGACAUGGUAAACGCUAGAGUGGACCGAGACAGAGUGAGAUUUGUGUCCUGCUGCCCACCUCCUCCUGUGAGUCUGGCUGAGCCCUCCGCCGUUGGGGAUGCAGCCUCUGUGCUGAAGGAGGCCAAGCGGCCGCUUCUCAUCAUCGGCAAAGGUGCAGCCUAUGGACAGGCAGAGAGAGAGAUCAAAGAGCUAGUGGAAUUGUGUGGGCUGCCCUUCCUGCCCACUCCCAUGGGUAAAGGGGUGCUUCCUGAUGAUCACCCUAACUGUGUGGCUGCAGCUCGAUCCAGGGCCCUGCUUCAGGCAGAUGUCAUCGUGCUCCUUGGUGCGAGACUCAACUGGAUCCUGCACUUCGGUCUUCCCCCGCGAUUUCACCCCCAGGUCAAGAUCAUCCAGGUUGACCUUUGUGCUGAGGAGAUGGGGAACAACAUCAGACCCGUAGCUGCUCUGCUGGGAGAUGUCCGUGCUGUUGUCAGUCAGCUGCUGGGAUGUUUUCGAAAAGAGGUAUGGAAAUAUCCCUCUGAUACGGACUGGUGGAAGACACUCAGGGAGAAGAUGGCUGCCAACGCAGAGAUAUCCAAGGGGUUGGCUCUGCGGCAGGCGCUCCCCAUGAACUACUACACGGUGUUUCACCACGUGGCCCAGCUCCUGCCCCGAGACUGUGUCAUAGUCAGCGAGGGGGCCAACACCAUGGACAUCGGCCGGACCCUGAUCCACAACUACCUCCCACGGCACAGGCUGGAUGCCGGCACGUUUGGAACCAUGGGCGUGGGUCUUGGCUUUGCCAUCGCGGCGGCGGUGUUGGAGAGGGACCGGCGCAGCGGGCAUCGGGUGGUCUGUGUGGAGGGGGACAGUGCCUUCGGCUUCUCCGGCAUGGAGGUGGAGACUAUGUGCAGAUACAAACUGCCCGUGAUCAUCAUUGUAGUCAACAACAAUGGCAUAUACAGUGGUGUGGACCCAGACACAUGGAGAGAGUUGGAGAAGAUGGGAGACCUGACCACUGUAGCCCCGCCCGUUACGCUGCUGCCUGAUGCCCGCUAUGAUGAGGUCAUGGCUGCCUUCGGGGGGCGGGGCUUCUUGGUGCGGACGCAGGAGGAGCUGAGGAGUGCCCUGGAGCUCAGUCUGCAAGACUGGGAGAGACCCAGCCUCCUUAAUGUCCUCAUUGACCCCGCCUCCGACAGGAAGCAGCAGGAAUUUCCCUGGCUGACCCGCGCCAAUUUAUAAAUGCAGGAGAAGAGGGUGUCGGCUGGAGGAUCCAGAAGCAGAGGAAUCCACAGUCUGCAGCCUAUGCAGGAUAGAGCAGAAUCAAAGGGUGCUCUGCAUCAGUGAAAAUGAAUGUAAUGUAAUGUGUGAACUGCUGUUCAGAAAUGGCUUUAACCAAUAUUUAGCUUAAAACAGUUACAAUGUGCCGCCAGGCACCCAAGGGUGAGAAACACUAUUGUCUAUAAUACUUGCCAUUCUGUUUUCAGAAGGUUACAAUCGCUAUAUUUUGAUGUUUUGAAAGUACACUAGCUGAAGUAUAUUUCUAUGAAUUAUAUUGUGUCCCACCACUUGUACUGUAGUAUUGCAGUCAACUUCUUAAUGUCAUUUUCAUGGUGUUGCAGAUAUUUUGGAGACAUUUUACAAUUUUACAAUUACCAGCAAACUUUCUGUUAGAUAAUCCGGUCAAAUUAGUCGUGUUUUCUGAGAAAAUAGUUUGCAUACCAUCCUGCAGGGGGCACUUUUUGUCAUGUAAUACCACAGCAAAGAACCUGAGGAAGUCAGGAAUUAGAAAUGCUGAUGUGUGCUCUUAAUGGGAUGACCACUCCCUCAAUCAAUGGAAAAACUCAAUUCCACAGUAUUUAGUAACAGUAUUUAUUCCCUUUUGAACACAUUAAUAACACUGUCACUGGAGUCUUUUUCUAUCAAAGUAAUCAAUCAUUUGAGGUAAAAUAUUGAUUUACUGCAAAAUUUAGAAAGCCUGAUCAUCUAGCCGUACUGCCUGAUAUGUAUUUAUUUGCUAGGUAGCUCUACGCCGUAAAAUACUGGCUAUACAUUGACACGGUACUUGCAUACUCCUUUCUCUAAUAUUAUGAUUCUCUCAAAUAGCAUAUCUUGAAGCAUAUCUCUCCUGCCCCUGGGAUUUUGACUGCAUAAUUAUUUCUUCUUGCCACUUAUGGACUUAUGAAUGGUAGGCAUGAUGCACAAAUACUGGUUCUAAAGGUAGUCCCUGUCAUUUAUACCAUAGAAACAAUGUUUUUGCCUUAUUUUUCAAUAAAAGGAUGCACAACAUUUCACUGUGAACAUCAGUACUGUUCAAAUAGUAAAUCAGUACGAAACAUAUUGUUUGAAAUCAACAGGCACUAUGGAAAUUGCCUGUGCAUAUUAGCUAAUGCAUUUGUCCCCAUUUUGUGUAUCUCUGGGGCGUGUGAGUUAAAUGAAUGUCUCCCUGUAGAUAAAGUUGAUGAUUAAUAUUUUGUUUUUUGAAUUCAGUCAAGACAUACUCUAACUUGUAAACACAAAAAAAACUCUUUAAAACUCAUAUCAGAGUUUUCACAUCAGAGAAUAAAAUAAAACUUGAAGUUCAGUGCACCUCUCUUAGCAUAUGCACACCACAUCUGUAAGUGAAGUCGAGACUGCAACUACACUGUAACAAAGCAUUCCACGUGUUUGCAAAUGGGUUAUUAUAAAAUUCACUUUUUUAGUAUCAGUUUGAAUAUUCUCAUGUGUAAAGUGCCUUUUGCAAUGGGACCACUGAAAUAUCUUACCCUGCUUCCCCAGUCAAACACCCUAUCUACUUAUCAGUAUGGAAUGUCUUUCUUUGCAUAUCUUUCUCAGAGAUGCAGGGAAAUGUGUACUUUAGAUCUGUACUUCCUAGCUUUUUUCAGGACAAAGUACUGUUUACUGGUUGUUGUUCCAAUAGAGCUCUUAAUUAGUUUAGCUUUAGUGUGCUGUUAAUUAAAUAUUGAUCUUGGUUUGACGGUGCUUGAUAGAUAUUUACUGUAAGUCCUGUGAAAGAAGUGGUUUUUGUGAUUAAUGUAUUUGUGAAAUACAGAUAAAGUAUAAUGGGUAUUUUGCCUCUUAAACAAAUGACUAAUACAGAUUUGUAUUUAGCCUAACAGAUGAAGGGUCAAUAUGUUUGAUUAACUGUUGUAAGGUCUUUGAGCAGUUAGCAGUUGCUUAGCUACACCAGCCCUUAAGGGCAAGAUUACAAAAACGUUCAAUAAACACUGUCAGUUGUAUAUUUCUGAGCACAACAACAUUUUUCACUCUUCAGUGUCUUAAAGCAUAUGACCAUCAGGUGAAGACAAAUCCAGAUGUUUCUCCUUGACAACUCAAUCAAAUCUAAUUAUAAAAGGUUAAGAACUGUCAUGUACAUAACACCUGUAUAACCAGUCUCCCGGAUCAGCGUUAGUAAUGAUUUAUGAAGACCACUGUCCUGUUCAUAUUGCACAGUUUCUGAUUAAUUGGGGCUCGAUAUGGUGCUCACUAUUAAUGAGCAAGUGACUGAAUGUGUCUAUACACUUGUUAUUUUUUGUAUUUUCUUUCUGUGUUUUAUCCAUUUUAAGAAAGUCUAGGGUUUAUCCAAAACUUGGGCAUGUUGAUGGUUUUUUUUCAGAAAUUCCAAGCUUCUUAAUAUAAAAGAAGUCAUAAAAUCUGAAUGUUGGGAAGCAUAUGUAUCUCCUUGUCAA